ACUCCGGUUCCUCCAGAGAGGGCGGAGGAGGAGGCUGGAGCGCGGUGGAGAUUUUGUGCCAGGGCUUCCCAGAGGCGCGCUGAAAAGAGCUACGGGGCUUAGGAAACUGGGGGUUUAGGGACACACAUUCAAGCCCCCACCCCCCGGGAGGGGAAGGGGGCUGGAGGCGAGGCUUGAGGGCGGCGGAGGGAUGGUGUCUGCUCUGGGGGAAGGGGCGAGCCCUGCCUGUCGUUGGUGAGGGGCUGCGGGCAGGCGAGGCUACGCGGGUCGUAGCGGCUCCAUGCCCACUGGUGGGUGGAACGUGUUGAGCGAAACGGGGAGGUCGAGCCUGGUGGCCGCUCGGAACCCUCAACAUACUAUCUAACGUGGUAUUUCAUUUAGCCCACGUUGGGAUUAAUUCAUUGCGGGCAGCUUCGCUGGUCUGGCUCCUCCAGGAGCUGGGCAACCUUGACGGGCUUUUUGUCUUGCUGCUCCAGCCCCCUUUCCCUUCCUCCUCCUCCAGAUGCCUUUUCUCUGCCCCUCCUCGCCCGGUACAGACAUUUCCAGCGCAAGCUGCCGCUCGUGGCUGCUGUCGAAGUCGCUUCUCGGGAUUUCGGCUUGUUCCCCUCUGGGGUGUUUUUUGAGGAGGGAGAGAUUUUCUCCCCUUCACGAUGGGAUUUUCUUCCUGUGCCAAAAUGGACUUUCACUGAUUUCUACUUACUUCUUCAACGUUUAGUGAUCAAUUCCCUAGGCGUAUUUUUGUGGUAGUUCCCUUUUUCAAAUACAUUACCGUAAAAUGGAGACCGAGAUUUUUACUCCCCUCCUGGAGCAGUUUAUGACCAGCCCCUUGGUCACUUGGGUUAAAACGUUUGGACCUCUGGCUGCAGGAAAUGGGACCAACCUGGAUGAGUAUGUGGCUUUGGUUGAUGGGGUAUUCUUGAACCAGGUCAUGCUCCAAAUCAAUCCUAAAUCGGAGAGUCAGAGAGUAAAUAAAAAAGUCAACAAUGAUGCAUCACUUAGAAUUCAUAAUCUUUCCAUUUUGGUGAGACAGAUAAAAUUUUAUUACCAGGAGACUUUGCAACAGUUGAUCAUGAUGUCAUUGCCAAAUGUCUUAAUCAUUGGCAAAAAUCCUUUUUCUGAACAAGGCACAGAAGAAGUUAAAAAGUUGCUUUUACUUUUACUGGGUUGUGCAGUUCAGUGUCAGAAGAAAGAAGAAUUUAUUGAAAGAAUUCAAGGUUUAGAUUUUGAUACAAAAGCAGCAGUUGCCGCACAUAUUCAGGAGGUAACCCAUAAUCAGGAAAAUGUGUUUGAUCUGCAAUGGAUGGAAGUGACUGAUAUGUCUCAGGAGGAAAUAGAGCCACUCUUGAAAAAUAUGGCAUUACAUCUGAGAAGACUUAUAGAUGAAAGAGAUGAACAUUCAGAGACUAUCGUAGAACUCUCUGAAGAACGGGAUGGUCUUCAUUUUUUACCCCAUGCUUCUUCAUCUGCACAGUCACCCUGUGGUUCUCCAGGCAUGAAGCGAACAGAAAGUCGACAACAUUUGUCAGUGGAACUGGCAGAUGCUAAGGCAAAGAUAAGAAGGCUUAGGCAGGAAUUGGAAGAAAAGACUGAACAGUUGUUGGACUGUAAACAAGAACUUGAGCAAAUGGAAAUAGAACUAAAAAGGCUGCAACAAGAGAAUAUGAAUUUGCUUUCGGAUGCUCGUUCUGCUAGAAUGUACCGAGAUGAAUUAGAUGCACUUCGAGAGAAAGCAAUCAGAGUGGAUAAGCUUGAAAGUGAAGUCAGCAGAUAUAAAGACAGACUACAUGAUAUUGAAUUUUAUAAGGCAAGAGUUGAGGAGUUAAAAGAAGACAAUCAAGUUUUAUUAGAAACAAAAACCAUGUUGGAAGAUCAAUUAGAAGGAACUAGAGCUCGUUCUGAUAAAUUACAUGAAUUAGAAAAAGAGAAUUUACAACUAAAAGCUAAACUGCAUGAUAUGGAAAUGGAACGUGAUAUGGAUAGAAAAAAGAUUGAAGAAUUAAUGGAAGAAAAUAUGACUUUGGAAAUGGCACAGAAACAAAGUAUGGAUGAAUCAUUACAUCUUGGCUGGGAGCUGGAACAAAUAUCUAGAACUAGCGAACUUGCUGAAGCACCACAAAAAUCCUUGGGCCAUGAAGUGAAUGAGUUAACAUCAAGUAGGUUAUUGAAGUUGGAAAUGGAAAACCAGAGUCUGACAAAAACUGUAGAAGAACUUCGAAGUACUAUGGAUUCUGCAGAAGGCAACACUUCCAAAAUCCUGAAAAUUGAAAAAGAAAAUCAAAGACUAAGUAAAAAGGUUGAAAUUCUUGAAAAUGAGAUUAUCCAAGAAAAACAAAGUCUUCAGAAUUGUCAGAAUUUAAGCAAGGAUCUAAUGAAGGAGAAGGCUCAGCUUGAAAAAACAAUUGAAACACUAAGAGAAAAUUCAGAAAGACAGAUUAAAAUACUGGAACAGGAAAAUGAACAUCUGAAUCAAACUGUGUCUUCUUUAAGACAGCGUUCUCAGAUCAGUGCUGAAGCAAGGGUGAAAGACAUUGAAAAAGAAAAUAAAAUUCUCCAUGAAUCUAUCAAAGAAACAAGUAGCAAGUUAAGCAAGAUUGAAUUUGAGAAAAGACAAAUUAGAAAAGAAUUGGAACAUUAUAAAGAAAAAGGAGAACGAGCAGAAGAACUUGAAAAUGAGUUGCAUCAUCUUGAGAAAGAAAAUGAAUUGUUACAGAAAAAGAUAACCAAUUUAAAAAUUACUUGUGAAAAAAUUGAGGCCUUAGAACAAGAAAAUUCAGAGCUAGAAAGAGAAAAUAGAAAAUUAAAAAAAACAUUAGAUAGCUUUAAAAACCUUACUUUUCAGUUAGAAUCCCUAGAAAAAGAGAAUUCCCAACUAGAUGAGGAAAACUUAGAACUGAGAAGGAAUGUGGAAUCUUUGAAAUGUGCAAGCAUGAAAAUGGCUCAGCUACAACUAGAAAAUAAAGAACUGGAAAGUGAGAAAGAGCAACUUAAGAAGGGUUUAGAACUCAUGAAAGCGUCUUUCAAGAAAACAGAACGCUUAGAAGUUAGCUACCAGGGUUUAGAUACAGAAAAUCAAAGGCUACAGAAAGCUCUAGAAAAUAGCAAUAAAAAAAUUCAGCAGCUAGAGAGUGAGCUACAAGACCUAGAGAUGGAAAAUCAAACAUUGCAGAAGAACCUAGAAGAGUUAAAAAUAUCUAGCAAAAGACUAGAACAACUAGAAAAAGAAAAUAAAUCAUUAGAGCAAGAGACUUCUCAACUGGAAAAGGAUAAGAAGCAACUGGAAAAGGAAAAUAAAAGACUCCGACAACAAGCAGAAAUAAAAGAUACCACAUUAGAAGAAAAUAAUGUGAAAAUUGGAAAUUUGGAAAAAGAAAACAAAACUCUUUUCAAAGAGAUCAGUAUUUAUAAAGAAUCCUGCAUUCGUCUGAAAGAAUUAGAGAAAGAGAAUAAGGAGCUUGUGAAAAGAGCAACUAUUGAUAUUAAAACUUUAGUUACAUUACGAGAGGAUUUGGUGUGUGAAAAAUUGAAGACUCAACAAAUGAAUAAUGAUCUCGAAAAAUUAACUCAUGAGCUUGAAAAGAUAGGGUUAAAUAAAGAGCGACUCUUGCAUGAUGAGCAGAGUACUGAUGACAGUAGGUACAAACUUUUGGAAUCAAAAUUAGAAUCUACUCUAAAGAAGUCUCUUGAAAUUAAAGAAGAAAAAAUUGCUGCUUUAGAAGCUCGAUUAGAAGAAUCCACAAAUUAUAACCAGCAGUUGCGCCAAGAACUUAAAACAGUGAAAAAGAACUAUGAAGCUCUCAAACAGAGACAAGAUGAAGAAAGGAUGGUUCAGAGCUCUCCUCCAACUUCUGGUGAAGACAAUAAGUGGGAGCGAGAAAGUCAAGAAACGACUAGAGAACUUCUGAAAGUUAAAGACAGAUUAAUUGAAGUAGAAAGAAAUAAUGCUACAUUGCAAGCAGAGAAGCAAGCACUGAAAACUCAACUGAAGCAACUUGAGACACAGAACAAUAAUUUACAGGCUCAGAUUCUUGCACUUCAGAGGCAGACGGUGUCCUUACAGGAGCAGAAUACUACUCUUCAAACACAGAAUGCAAAGCUUCAGGUUGAAAAUUCUACCCUUAAUUCCCAAAGUACGUCACUUAUGAACCAGAAUGCACAACUUCUAAUCCAGCAGUCUUCUUUAGAAAAUGAAAACGAAGCUGUAAUCAAAGAGCGAGAAGACCUGAAAUCUCUCUAUGAUUCUCUGAUCAAAGAUCAUGAAAAGCUGGAACAUCUUCAUGAACGGCAGGCUUCAGAGUAUGAGUCUCUCAUCACAAAACAUGGAACUCUAAAGUCUGCCCACAAGAACCUUGAAGUAGAACAUAAAGACCUCGAAGAUCGUUACAAUCAGUUACUAAAACAGAAAGGACAGUUGGAAGAUUUGGAAAAAACACUGAAAGUAGAACAGGAAAAAAUGCUGCUUGAAAACAAAAACCAUGAGACUAUAGCUGCAGAAUAUAAGAAACUUUGUGGUGAAAAUGAUAGGUUGAAUCAUACAUAUAAUCAGCUUGUAAAAGAAACUGAAGUUUUACAAACUGACCAUAAAAACUUGAAAAGUCUUCUAAAUAAUUCCAAGCUGGAACAAACAAGAUUAGAAGCUGAAUUUUCAAAGCUAAAGGAACAAUACCAACAGUUGGACAUCACAUCCACCAAGCUAAAUAACCAGUGUGAGUUACUAAGCCAACUUAAAGGAAAUUUAGAAGAAGAAAAUCGACAUCUACUAGAUCAAAUUCAGACAUUAAUGCUACAGAACAGAACACUAUUGGAGCAAAAUAUGGAAAGCAAGGAUCUCUUUCAUGUUGAACAAAGACAGUACAUUGAUAAGUUAAAUGAAUUAAGACGACAGAAGGAGAAAUUAGAAGAGAAAAUAAUGGAUCAAUACAAAUUUUAUGACCCAUCUCCCCCUAGAAGGAGAGGCAACUGGAUUACUCUAAAAAUGAGAAAAUUGAUAAAGUCUAAGAAAGAUAUUAAUCGGGAACGUCAGAAAUCUCUAACAUUAACACCUACCCGCUCAGACUCCAGUGAAGGAUUUCUUCAACUCCCCCAUCAAGAUAGCCAAGAUAGUUCUUCAGUAGGCUCAAACUCGUUAGAAGAUGGCCAAACUUUGGGGACCAAGAAAAGCAGCAUGGUUGCACUGAAAAGACUGCCCUUUUUGAGGAACAGACCGAAGGAUAAAGACAAAAUGAAGGCCUGCUACCGUCGUUCCAUGUCCAUGAAUGACCUGGUGCAGUCCAUGGUCCUAGCAGGAGGACAGUGGACAGGUAGUUCUGAGAAUUUGGAGGUUCCUGAUGAUAUUUCAACGGGUAAAAGGAGAAAAGAAUUGGGAGCUAUGGCCUUCUCUACUACAGCCAUCAACUUUUCAACUGUCAACUCUUCUACAGGCUUCAGAUCCAAGCAGUUGGUUAAUAAUAAAGAUACUACAUCCUUUGAAGACAUAAGUCCACAAGGUAUUAGUGAUGAUUCUAGUACGGGAUCAAGAGUUCAUGCUUCAAGACCAGCCAGCCUUGAUAGUAGCAGAACAUCCACUAGCAAUAGUAAUAAUAAUGCUUCACUCCAUGAAGUCAAAGCAGGCGCAGUUAAUAUCCAAAGCAGGCCACAAAGCCACAGCAGUGGAGAAUUUAGCCUGCUUCAUGAUCAUGAAGCUUGGUCCAGCAGUGGUAGCAGUCCAAUCCAGUACUUGAAAAGACAGACAAGAUCAAGUCCGAUGCUCCAGCACAAAAUGCCUGAAACAUUCGAGAGUCGAGUACAUCACAAGAUCAAAACUGGUUCUCCUGGAAGUGAAGUUGUUACUCUACAACAAUUUUUGGAAGAAAGCAACAAGCUUACCUCAAUACAGAUAAAGUCCUCAAGUCAAGAGAAUCUUUUAGAUGAAGUAAUGAAAAGUUUGUCUGUCUCUUCUGACUUUUUGGGAAAAAACAAACAAGUUAGCUGUGGUCUGGCCAGGUCAGUAAGUGGAAAAACCCCAGGAGACUUCUAUGAUAGACGGACAAGUAAGCCUGAACAAUAUAUGAGACCCAGUCCUCGAAAGACUGAAGAUGUCUACUUCAUUGGCUCUCCAGGAAAACCUACGUUAGGCACUCAAGGAAAGAUAAAAUUAGUGAAAGAAACUUCUCUGUCACGACAAUCAAAAGAUAGUAAUCCUUAUGCCACUUUACCUCGUGCAAGCAGUGUGAUCUCUACUGCUGAAGGAACUACUCGAAGGACAAGCAUCCAUGAUUUUCUGACCAAGGACAGUAGACUACCUAUUUCAGUUGAUUCACCACCGGCUACUGCUGAUAGCAACAUCACUGCAGCACCUCAUGUGGACAAAGUACAAGAAAGCAGAAAUUCAAAAAGCAGGUCUAGGGAGCAACAAAGCUCCUAAUUCUAUUACCCACUACAUGACAUGUGGGCCAAGUGAGAGAAAAGUGUCCUUCAGUUUCUCAGUGUGAAGCCUUUAUUUCUGAAGUAACAAGACACCCAACUAUAGGAAUCAUUUUAAAAAUCUUUAAGGAGACUUUAAACAAUCCUUCGUGACUAGAGCAGGCAAGAAAUACAAAACCUUCAUUCCUUCCUUGAAUCAAGGAGCACUACUGGAGUCAACUGCCAAAAUUUUUAUAAGGUUUUAGGACUUACUAUACAUUGUAUUGUUGAGAUCUACUGAACAAAGGAUGUUCUCUCGCUAAGGACCAAGUGUUUUAAAGUUUCAAGAAGUACUCCAAGAACAAUCUACUUCUUUCGUCAUUUGUUUAUGAAUUUAUCCAUGUUUGCUUAAUGCUUCUGCUAAGUAUUAGCCAAAAUUUAGCCAUUUAUAUUUAGUUGUGUAAAUCUAAAUUAAAUGCUGUAUGUUGUGGAAUGUACUAUAUAUCAAGAUGCAGAGAACAUUGUUUUGGCAUGUCAGAGCCUUAUUUGGUUAGCAGACUGCAUGUGUUGGUAUUCUUUUUUUUAACCGAUUAUUUUGAUGCACUGCAAAAGAAAUUCAGUUUAUAAGAUAAAUCUGAAAAAUAGGAGUUAUAAAAAUUUACAGUAAUAUUAAUAUUUCCAUAUUCCUCAUUAAGCAACACUAAGCAUUCACACAUGGAUCCAAGGUAAUUAAAAAGAGUGUUUUUCUGAAACUUUUUUAGUAUGGUGGUUUUCCAGCCAAUUGCAUUCCCAAGAUAAAGCUAUUAUGUUUUAAUUCAUUUUCCUUCUUUAGUAUUGGGUAUGUAUGUGUGUUUGUUUUUUUUUAACAUGAGAGCUGACUGUUGCUUAAGAAGUUUUCUUAUGGCAAAAAAAAAUGUAAAUAAUUUACUAUGAUCUGCAUUUUUCCAGGAACUCAUUUAUUUUUAAGGUUAUCACAUAUUAAUAAGAACUUUUCUGUUUUUGUCCUUUAUAAUAUUAUAUUAAAGUUGGUAACUGUUAUUGGUACUUUUGAAAUAUUUGUAUGCAUUUGUUACCUUAAACAUUUGAAAGAAGCACAAAAAAAGUAGAUUUAGUUAACCCAGGGAAACAUCAGUUUUUUUGUAGCUCCAAUUUUAUAUCACAGUUUUAUUUUCUUAUAAAGUCAAAAAAAAUGCAUUGAUACUAAUGCAAAUUCAUUAUUUAACAUAAAUAUCGGAAUAAUCUUAAAGGUCUAAAAUGAGAAAAAUAGUGACUUUUUUAUUUUAACAGUAUACUUCUUAGGCUCUCAUUACCAGCUCUAAAAUAUCUUUUUGGAAUAAUUCCAUAUUCAUAGUGUGUGGUUUAGGAACUGUGUGUUUCAUCACUAACCUAGUAACUGUGAGAAAUGUGUGUGUUCUCUCCCUACCCCCAUUCCCUCCUUCUCUCUCUCUCUCUCUGUCUCUCUUUCUCUCUUUCCUUUCUCUCUCUCUUUCCCUCUCUGUUUUUGGUAGGCCAGUAGUAGUACUGUGUUGAUAGUCUACUUUCAGAAAGACCAUUAAUGAGAAGAAAGACAGCAUGUAUAGUUGACCAGAAAUUAAAAAGGAAUUUAGAGAACUUGGACUUACUUAUCUUAAUGCCACCAUUAACUUAAGUUUUGCCGCCAAAUAAUGCUGUAAAGUUAAAUCACUUUUAAACUCUUGGAUGAAAGGUGCUAUGUAAAUGUAAAUACAAAGGAUUCUUACUAAAAUACAAAUAUUGCACAACAGACAUAUUUAAAAUUUAUUUUCUAGACUUUGAAACAUCUCUCUCCAUUGUGACUCCCUAGAUUCAAGUAUCAAAUUGAUAAUGGACAUCAUGGCAGUCUAGAGAUACUUGCAUGUAAAAAAUGUAAAUUCAUUUUUAGGUGGAUAAAUUGAAAGUAAAUAUAGAAGUUAUGUUUUAGCUAAAUACAGUAAGUGGGUAACUUAGAUUUAUAUUAACUAGCAUCUAAUUUGCACAACUAGGACACAUCCCAGGACAGUUACUAAAAGUUGGUUGGAAUUUAAUGAGUAGGAGGUUGCCCAGUGAGAAUGAAUCAUACCACAGCUUGACCUCUCCAGAACACUAAUGUCCUAAAAUAGAGAACCUGUUGACUUAAGCAGCACAUUAUUGCUUCACGUAGAAAAUGCUUAGGGGCAGCGCAUAUAGCACUGAGACUGCGUACACUGCCCCUGAGAAAGUGCAGUUAGAGACGACCAAGGGAAUACUUCAGACUGCAAUGAGUAGGAAUAUGCUCAAUUACAGUCAUCACCUUAAUACCAUUUCAAGAAAGGCCUAGAUAAUAACCUCAUGAAUAUUUUACUUUCUCCAAACGAUUCAGAAGCAGACUUAGUAGGAAGUCACUCUUUUCCCUUACACUGCUUCUACCAAACAAAAUGUAUGGCCACCUAGAAACUUAAUGGGGCCACUUUCCUGACUGGGGCCUGACAUGCUUUUAUCUGGCUGUCUUCUAAAUCAACACCUAACCCCUUAGGAAACUGAAAAAUUAAUAUACAGGGUAAUAGCUUCGGCAGAGAGCCCCAAUAAAGUGCUUCAGAUCUGGCCAUGUGGAAAUGUUUGGUCCACAUUUUGAACUGGUGGUUACCAAAGAAUUCACGUAACAGGUUUGUAUGUGGCACCUUUCAUGCAAGGCAUGGUAAGAGCCUAUUAAAAAAAAAUCACUGUGCAUAUUACAUAAUUACAGCCACCCCACAAAUGAAGUAUUACAGACUGCACUGUCUUAACAGUUUAUGUCAGGAAGUGAAAAAGAUACUGUACCAAAUCUGGAAUUACAAUGAGGAGUAAUAAUGUAUGCUAAAUGACUUUGUGUUUUAAGUGACUUCUUUGAGACAAGUGAAUUUUUGUGUUUUUUCUUUUCUGCUACACUUAGUCCUGAGAUGUAUUUUUUUCUUUAAGCCUUGAAUGACUACAAAAGGACCCCAUUUUGUGAUUUAAACCUUGAUGUACAUGUUGAGAUAUUGGGACAAUAAUGAAAAUGCCUUAAAAGGAAUGCUUAUGGAUAAAGUUGCACUUAUAACACCCUUUAACAUAA